CACAACAUGAAGACAAUGGUACAUAACAGGAUAGCAUGCAAAGCAACAGGUCACAAUUCACCUCUGGCUGAAAGUCACCUACUUCGGGAUGUCGUUUGCUCUUUGCAGCGUCGGGCUCGGCCGCCAGCUGAGUGCAAAAGCAAAAGUGUGCACUGUUGCGCACAUGGCUUCGCAGUCGGACGACAGCAUAACGGUUGAUUUAGAAAACUGGAUGUCCAAAUUACCCCAAGAGCUUCAUAGUGUACCCAUCAACAAUCUCUCUAUUCCUGGCUCCCACAAUUCUUGCAGCUACUCCCUGUCACCCCAGUCUCCCGUUGCACCCGACGAAACCUUUUGCACAAGGCUCGUCAAAACUCUCGGACCCAUCGGCAAGCACAUCCUCUACAACUGGUGUCUCACCCAAUCCGAGACGGCGAAGCAACAGUUAUGUGCUGGCAUACGAUACUUUGACCUGCGCAUUGCCACAAAGAGCGACCCCAAAGACCAGAACCUCUACAUUGUGCACGGCCUCUACGGCUACGCCAUCGACAACUUCUUCCUGGAAGUCAAGGCGUUCCUCGACGAACAUCCUAGGGAGGUCCUGCUCCUUCAUUUCCAACACUUCUACAACAUGUCGGACGACGACCACCAGCGUCUGCUUCAUAAGCUGACGAGCACCUUCGGCGCACUCAUGUGUCAGUUCACCGAGAAGCUGGAAAACCUGACGCUGACCUCCCUUUGGAGAAAAGGCUCUCAGGUCCUUUCGUUUUACAACCACGAUCGUCUGGCCAAGUACUACCCAUUCUUAUGGCCUGCCAGUUACAUCCCAAAUCCAUGGCCAAACACUGAUAAUGUCAGUGCUCUAGUAACAUUCUGGGAUAAUCAGAUUGCUAAGGGAAGAGAUACGAACAGGUUCUCUGUACUACAAGGCGUGGGAACACCACAGGAUACGACUGUAGCGUUCCACAUCUGUUCGAGUCUUCGGUCUUUAAUUGUACCGAAGGUCAACAGGGCAUUGGAUAGUUGGGUGGUGGGAAAGGCUCCAGGAGGCGAGCACGGCGUCAACGUGGUCAUGUGUGAUUUUAUGGAGAUGGGUGACUACCAUAUGCCCAAACUGGUUGUGCACUUGAAUGCAAAGUUGUUGGAGAAUUUGGUAUAACCCUGCGCUCUUAAAGAUUAGCUUCGCCACAUAGCACACCCCUGGCAAACCAUCAUCCCGAGUGGCAUCGUUCUUUCCCCUGGUAUUCUACAAAGGAGGGGGCGUACGCCACUUUUGUGGCAUUAUGCAGUUCAUAAUAGCCACAAAAUGGCGUACGCCCCCCGUUUUCAUCAAAUCAAGGGAGACAACGUUGUCACAUUCGGGAUGAUGGUUGGAACGUGCUAUGCGGUGAAGCUCUGUUUUUAGAGUGUGACCUUACUGAUUCUUGUAAUGCUGUGAUAAGACUGGCGGACACCCUUCAACUCUUAAAACAUGCACCACACAUAUUGCUAGAUAGACCCAGGACGAAUUGACUGCAGUGCGAUGGCUAUAGUCUACUUCUGCUCAAUCGUGUCGUCAUCUUUCUUACCAGAAGCUGGGGUCGGAUUCACAAACGCGAUCGUAAGUAACGCUAAGAUGCGCUAAGACGUCGCAGCCUGCGACGCGCGUACGACGGCGUCGUAAGCACGAUUCACGAAGCUAUCGUAGUGGAGAGGGUACCCCCUUUGAUGAGGAAGAGGAAGUUGCCAGGAGAGAAACAGGCAACGGGUGCGAGACUAUGUUUUCACUAUGGUAACGAUGACGACAAUCUGCAAUCGUACCAAUAACAAUCGUCCCGUUAGAAGAAGUCGCCCGUCCCCAAUUGUGUUGUUACCACACGUGCUCUCGGUCUUUCAGUAGCCAUAAUGGAUGGGCGAAACGCGUUCCACGACCCAACAGGGAUAUUACCAGUAUGUUCGACUCGGAGGAGGGGAGGGUGUUUUGUAGGGGGUGUGCGACACCCAUAUUUGCAGCUUUUAUGGCUUUUUUUUAGCCUUUCUUGCAGACAAUUUCGAGGGGUGUUACAAGAUUUUUGGGGAUGUCAUAGCUGGGUGUAGGGGAUGCCUGAAAAAUCCCCGCGACUCUAUUUUACGAAGCACAAAAUUGAAGCAUUUGUUGAAGGUUAUCAAGCAAAAAAAGUGCGUCAUUGACGCUUCGGGGGUGGUCUGAAGGUUCUGUGGCAAAGUGCAAUGCGUGGGCACGUAUUACGGAGUUUUUGUUUUCCGUCUCUAAAUCCACCGCUGCCAAAUACGCAUUCACCUUUCUUUGUAGACCACUCGGGAUCUCUCGCAGGAUUCCGCCGUAAGCUGCGAAGAUUUUGCGACGCGCGCCCUUCGUGAAUCUGCACUUCGUCGUGACGUCCGACACAUUCCGUCGCACGAGCUUUUUGUGAAUCCGACCCCUGAGCAUUUGCUCCGACGUGGGCGAGAGAAACCAUUGUUUAGGCGCAUGCACAACAGACAGCCAUGUGUUACGUAACUAGGACAAGUAAAGCUUGCUCUCUUUCCUGGUUUCAUAAUUUCAAGUGCACUUUGAACAAUUUUAGUUGAAUUAAAAUUUAUGGUGCUGCUUCGCAUGCACUGAAUAUCUCCAACGGUUCCAACUGAGCUGAGGAUCCCUUUACAAAUUAUAAAUGCAUCCUCUGUGGGUUGAGCACAGUUAGAAAUUGACUAAGCAGUUUGCAACUGUUGUCUGCUUCGUCAGGCAGUUCGUCAGGCUUUCAUGAAUUUGUGCAUAUUUAUGGCCAAAGAAUGGGCACCUGUAUGCUGAACAUUUUCACAGACCUUGAAUGGAAACGGCAGUUUUCCUUUUUUUCUUCUUCUUGAUUGAAGUAUUUUACUGUUAAAUAACUCAUCGUUAUAGUAAUUUUGUUUGAUCAACACUCGCUGUAUCUGCGACGCUAAGGUGCGCCAGCCCGCGUCAGCUGGAUGUGUGCCCUGUUGGUCUUCCGGUUACACCUGUUUGCCAAGAUCCUUUCGCGGGCUUCGCGUCUCCAGGGUGCGAAAUUUCGUGCCCCGUAAGCAUAGGUGGGCAUUUUCCUGCGGCCUCACUCAUCCUCACCUCACGAAGCACAGACCUUAUUGGCCUCACUCACCCUCACCAGUUUCCUUUCCAGUAACUAAGCCUCAGUCGCCCUCACUCUGACAUUCCAUUUUAACUUUUGCCCUCACAAACCUCACCUCAGGGCAUCGGGAUCCUGAGAGGCUUCACCAUCCUCAUCCUCACAUGGCUUCACCUCAUGAGGGUCCUCAUCCUCCCGUGUCCUCACCUCAUAAGGGCCCUCAUGUCCCCACGUGUCCUCACCACAUGAGGGCCCUCAUGUCCUCAUGACCCUCACGUACUUUCGCCUAAUGAGGACCCACAUGGCCUCACGAGUCCUCAUCCUCACGUGCCCUCAUCUCAUGAGGACCCUCAUGAAUUUUUCAAAUUUUCAAUUUUCGCUUCGAUUUUUCGUUGAGACGUUGUAGAACGUGUGGAAAAUAGUCAAAAAUUGACCUUAGACUUCUGAAGCGAAUAGCAGAAAAAGAAAUCAUCCUAGGCGACAUUUGCUCAAUCCAUUUUCUUCUAAAAUGUGUCCUGAACGUUUUGGUACCACUAUCUCGCGUGUAAAGUCAGCCGUUCUUGAGAUAAAUGAAAAUAUCUGAGGGUAUAUACAGCGCUUCCUCGGGGCAACUUUUUCUGCCGCCCGGUGCUGCCACGACGCGGGCUUUACGUCCAGAAGGACGAUUCUCUAGAGAGCUGGCCUGAGAUUUUCCCUCCCCCUCGCGCGCCCCGCCCACCCGGAGCGCGCUAAUGGGAGGACGCGUGGGUGGUGUCGGCUGAGUGCCAUCUGGGAGCAGAGGUUCGAACGUAGACGGGGACGUGCUUUUGGCGAUGCUACAUCCGCUGGGUCGUUCCAUCCACCACCAUUUAUUUUACACAAUGGCAAUAAAUUAAAAUGAAAAAUACGAGCUAUGCGGGAUGACAUUUCCCAUUCUCAUUCCAUUUUCAACAACGGCUUCAACCUCGGUCAUUCCUAAAACCACUUCCCUAUCAUCAGCCCUGACUCCAAACCGCACCUAAUUGUUCGGCCUUUCGAUAAGUAGGGUGAGUAACCGAGUGAAUGACCUGGGACAACUGAUGACUAUUCUGGAAGAAAUCAUAUACUGUGCUCCUGUGUCAGGGGACAAGCGUGGUCAUUAUACAGUUCUUGAAAUAGAACAGUACAGAAAGUUGCAGGCCAAGCAAAAAGAAAGAAAAAAAAUCCUACAGAUCUUGUCAAAUAUUCUAUGUAGGGGUAAAUUCAUUGGUCAUUAACUGGGUUUAAGUUAUUUCUGUAUAGCAAACGAUUCAGACGGUUGCUUGUUUAAAUCAUGUUCGGGUCACCAAAUGUAGAGAAACAGCAUCUCCUCUACAAUCCAUUCAGUGGGUGGUACAGGUCAUUCACUGGUAUUCGCCCACGAGGCACCUUCUUUUGGUAGUAAACAUGCUGUAGAUUUUUUUUCUUUUUCUCUAGCCAGUCUAUUUCUGAGCACCAAAUGCUACACAUCCCAAUUAUUCGAUUUCUGAUACAAGAGUCAGGAAACUUUUUUAUAAUCUUAUGACAAGAACAGCCCCAUUCAGGGUCUUGUGUCUCUUUGGCCUUUCCAUUUUUGGCCUUUUGACUUUCGGCCUUCUGACAGUACGGCGUGAUGUUUCGGCCUUUUGGCUUUCGGCCUUAUGAUAGUUCAACGUUAUGAUUUUUCGGCCUUUUGGCAUUCGGCCUUCUGAUAGUUCGGCGUUAUGAUUUAUGAUGAUUUAUGAUAUUUUUUGAUUGGUUCGCUUGUAGCGUUGAUGUAACAAAAAACAAGAAGAAAAACAAAAUAAGCGUCAGUCCUAGAUGCUGUUAUCCUAAGGAAUAUUUAACUCUGUGUAAUACGCUUGCCCAUAGACACAUUCCUCAUCCUAACCCACUUCUUCGCAUCGAGAAAGCGGUCCAAGGGUCUGGGUUGUUCACCCUCUCCCGUUCGACAACUUGAUAGGUUUUUCCUCUCUGACAGAUAGUGACUACAUGCCUUUCACCCCUAGUCCCCCAACACUUUGUCAAAUAAUAAUUGACAUCAAUUGUCAAAUAACAAACAACUUUGACAAAUAAAUAAAUAAAUGACA